GUUAAGAGAUGCACACAUAUGGCUGAAUGUGAGUUUGAAAUAGGAUCAUAAACAUCCAGCCACACGCCGGCGUCUGCCUGAGCCGAGACGGGCCUCCGAAACAUGAAAUGUGGAAAACAUGUUGUGUUCUGUAAACACUGACUUGGCUUUAUUCCAGCUUUUAGUGUCAAUGAAAGAGUUUUCACAUUUCCCCAUUCACGUGCUUGUGAUGUUUUUGCGCUUAUUUAAACUUGUUGUUUAACUGUAACAGCUAACCGAGGCCGUGGUUAAGAGUCGCUUGUACGUGGCCCCCGGUCUGCCGAGCGUUCGCUUUCACGGUAUCUUUCUCUCUGCUGAAGGGAGGUGACCCAAGAAGAAAUGUCAUCCGCUGGGGAGUGAAGGGGGAGCCAUGAACACUGUGAAAUGCUCAGAGGUCUGCAACGACACUCCACGGGACAGACGGCAUCCCGGUCUCCCACAGAGGGCCACACAUGCUGGCAGAGAAGCUGGACGGCAGACGGACAGGCCAAGCCACAGACCCAGGAAACAGACAAGCGAAGGCAAAAAUGUGCUACAGUUAAGACUUCAGCAGAGGAGGACACGAGAGCAGCUGGCAGACCARGGCAUCAUGCCUCUGAACCAUGGCAAGUUCCCCAAGCAGGAGGACUCGUAUGCCUUUGAGGAAGACAGCAGCAGCGAGAGUCUCUCUCCGGAGCAGAACCACAGUGACGAGUCACAGGGCUCAGCCUGCCCUUCAUCUGACGCCGUUGGCAGUACGGCCUCCUCCUCCUCCUCACCUGCCCUCACCAGCCCACGACAGGGUAGUGCAACCAGAGGCCCACCAGACCAAAGCCAGGAAGAAGGCCUGUCUUCCCCUAACACCAACCAGGUAGCUCCACCAAUACCGGUCCCUGCAAUAGUCAAGUCCAAGACGUCGGACAAGAACCGACAUAAGAAGCCCAAAGAUGUGAAGCCAAAAGUAAAGAAGCUCAAGUACCACCAGUACAUUCCUCCAGACCAAAAGGUGGAGAAGUCUCCUCCGCCCAUGGACUCAGCCUACGCCCGACUCCUGCAGCAGCAGCAGCUGUUCCUGCAGCUUCAGAUCCUCAGCCAACAGAAACAUACUCACACUCAUUCACAGAUGCAGCAGCCUCAAAAGCAGCACAUACACUCCAUGCAGGCCCAUGCCCAGCAGAGACAGCCCACCUUCAGCUACCAGCCUCAGCUGCCAGUCAGCACCCAGAAGGGCCACAGUGAGCAGAUACCAUCUUGCGCCUCUAGUGGUCCUGCCAGCAACUCGAACAGCAACUCCUCUUCUCCCGUCAAGAACACAUUUCCCAAUCAAAACAACGUUUCACCUGUCAAAGUUGGUCCACUACCUGCUAAUCUGGAUGACCUUAAAGUUUCCGAGCUCAGGCAACACUUGCGCAUUCGCGGCAUGCCUGUUUCAGGGACCAAACAGGCUCUCAUCGAACGACUCCGGCCUUUUAAGGACUCCAACGCGGACUCCUCACCAUCAGGGUCCUCCGACAUCACAACUUUAACUUUUCCGGUCACACCCACUGGUUCCCUGUCUUCCUACCAAUCCCCAUCUUCUUCCAGCAAUCUGUCGCAGGGAGGAUACUUUCCCUUCCCAAGUACCUCUUCCACGCCACCCAUCUCUCCGGCCUCCUCUGAUCUCUCUCUCAGCGGCUCCCUCCCGGACAGCUUCAGCGAUGUGCCAAUGUCCUCUCCAAACCAGUUUAACCUGCAGCCAUCCCCAACCCAAACUGCCAUAGAGGAUGGCCUGGGUGCAGGAGGAGGAGGUGCCAGGGCGUGUGGAGGGAACCAGAGAGUGGGAGAGGACGAAAGGAAUGAUGGAAGUUUGGAAGCCGAAAAAGAUAAGAUGCUGGUGGAGAAGCAGAGGGUCAUUGAGGAGCUGACGUGGAAAUUGCACCAGGAGCAAAGACAGGUUGAAGAACUGAAAAUGCAACUUCACAAGAGGAAACGCUGCUAUGGAGCGACUGAGAAUGCUAUCCCUCCACUGCCUCACUCCUCAAUGCUCCACCAACAGCAGGCCACACCUAUGAUGGGCCAGCAUUUUCUGGGGGUGACAAUCAAGCAAGAGCCUAUGUCCUUGUCCUCUAGUUGCCCCCUGUCUUCCUCCAAGCAGCUCAAGAGCCCUCCUGCCAGCUGCAUGGACGAUAUGGGGUGCUGCAACAAUCCCAUUCCAAAUCUGAGCGGUGGUCCUGGUGGGCCACAAUGCAUGGACACAGACCCUUCCUCUGCCAGCCCCUCCACCAUGUCAGCCUUUCUGAGUCCCCAGUGUUCUCCGCAAGAUUCUCCUGUCGGAAAACCCACCAGCAGCUCCCAGCCUCCGUCGCCUAAUAGCCCCUACCUGCUGUCUCCUCUGUUGGGGAGAGACAGCUGUGGACACCCACAUGGACAAGGCAGAGGUCACAACAUGCAGGUGCAGCAGAGGACUGGUAGCCAGCCGUUAAACUGCUCUUAUCCUUCGGACCAAAGAAGCCUUCAGGCUGCAUUUCCCAGCUCACCUGACUGUGGUCUUAACCACAGCGGCCCCAUCAAGGCCGAGAGUCAGAAUAUGCAACCAAAGAUGUCAGCAUUGCCAUCUUCCCGGCAUGUUGGCCUAAAGUGCCAGGUCUCCCCCCCUGCCUUCAGUAGCUCAGAUUCAGAUGCAUCUGACUUAAGACAGCCCCCAUGCUAUGAGGAUGCAGUGAAGCAGCAACUGACCCGGAGUCAGCAGAUGGAUGAACUGUUGGACGUGCUCAUAGAAAGUGGAGGGUGUCCGGGCCUCCUCAUCCCAAGGUUCCACUGGCACUACGAGCACCUGUCCCCCAACCAGAUGCCCUACGACCAUGCUGCCAAUCAUGCCACCGAGAGCCACCUGCAGACUCUGCUGGGUAACCCUAUGGGACGGGGAGGGGAGAUGGGGCUCCUUAAAAUGGCCACCGAGGACGGACACCAGGAAGACGAAGGGAACAGAAACGCCGAGGAGUACGACAGCCUCCACAGCCACCACUGCCGCCCCCAACAUUCUCAGCAGGACAAACUCCAGACCAACAGAGAUCGGCUAGACACGCCUUUGUCGCCUGGUAGCAGUAAGGUGUUCGCCGUCCCUGAGGUCCAGGGGAUGGUCAGCAUGGCCUUUAGCGAGACGCCGUGGGAAACCAUGGAGUGGUUGGACCUGACGCCUCCCAGUUCCGCGAUUGCUUUCAGUGGUGCUGCUCAGCCCAGUGCACCCAGUAUCUUUAACACAGAGUUCUUGGAUGUGACGGACAUUAACUUGAACUCUGCCAUGGACCUUCAACUGGAGCAUUGGUGAAAGCAAUAAUGCCAACAUUAAUACCAAAGAACUAUUGAAUUCUUCCCUAGAUGGCUUUAGUCUAAGUGUGAGAAGUUCCUCUUUGCUGUCGUACAGUGGAAUAUUAUUUUGCUUAGUCGUCUGAAGUUUGACAGCCUAAAGAGAUGUUGUGACAUUUUAUCUUGAAUCUUAACUUUACUGAACUUAUUUUCCACCAAUGUCAUCGUAACCAAAAAGAAAAAAACCCAGGUGCUUUUUGAUACAAUUUGUGUCCAUUUUGAACAUUGAUGCGCACAACUGUCACUGAGUUGAGGACUGACAGUGGACAUGUGUAGUACUUUCUGUACGCACCAUCAGUGUUACACCACCUAGACUUGAAGACGGAAUUUGCCAAUCACUGCAUACCUACAGAGUGAAUAUUUGUGUUACUGGAAAAAAAAAAGAAAAGAAAAAUCCCCCCAAAAGAUUAACAAGAAUAUCUGGAUUUCAUAGAAGCGGCCAAAUUGUAAAUAUCACAAUAGUUUUGGAAAAUCUCACAUCUACAUGCUGUUGUCAAAGGUGUGGGAGAGAGUACAACCCAAAAAUGAAAUGUAUAAUGCAACCAUUUCAACAUUUGAUGUAAAUAUGGUA